ACAAUCAAGUUUUGCGCAAUAGUAGGUUAUGUUCCAAUUGCAGUUUCAAAAUAAGACUCGCCCGUCUGCGUCUAUGCGCGGUUCAGGGAAACAAAGAAGACUGAAAAGGACUGUGUGUAUCCAGAAAAUUAAAUUAGCAGCUAAUUGAACCUCAUAAAAUAACCAUAUUGGUGUUGGUCCCUAUGGUCCUUAGUAAUUAAUUUAUACGCAAAUAUAAAGUGACAUUAAAAUAGCACCUGAAUGUAGAAGCGAGUCUUUGGCGCUGCCCAGUUUAAGGAACAUUUUUAUUUUGAAGGUGAGCUGUUUUAACUUCCGUCUGUUUAGCGGGGGAUUGUGUUAUGCUUUUCGAUUGCCCUUUGCAGCGUAAAUGCCAACACUGACAUACAGCAGCCUGCAGCUGGCUGCAGAAGGGAACGCAGCCUAUAUUAUACAUAUGUUACUAAUAAUAAAUGUUAUCUAGUUACAUAUUAAUAUAAAAUUUCAUCUUCAGUAAUGUACGUGUCUACUGGGAUCAAACAAGCCUAUUACCUUGGUAACAGCUGAUCUUAAUUAUCUACUGUAUUAACAAGCGAUAGACUUGACAUACUGUAUCCUGCACACGUUGUAAAAAGUUGCACUUCCUCAUUUUUAAAUCCACCCUGCGCUUAAAGCUGCAGGUCUGUGAGAUUUAUUUUUAAAUAAAAAAUAUGUAAACGUUUAAUUUAAAUUUUAAUACAUUUUAUUUGUACUGAACUAAGCCACGUGUCACAAUUUAUCAUUUGUGGUUACUGUUAUAGUUAUAGAAUGAGUCACAGAACCGAGGGAACAAUAGGAUGUAUGAAUCAAUUUGUUAUCUUAAUCAGUGUUCCGAUCUGUAGUAUUAAAAUCAUAGGCUCUUCACUUUUCUGACACUUCUUUUUUUUAUCCCAUCCUCUACUAUGAGCCUUCAUAAAAAUACAUUUCCUUUUUCUUUUUAUCCUGUUUAGGCCCUUGCUUAGAGGGAUGUAGAUCUUUGCUACUUGUGCACUUGGAUCCACAGUCUUUGUUAAAAGCUGAUAGUUCUGUUGUUUUACCUUUUAAUGUAAAAUAAGUUUAUUUUUUCUGGUGAUGAUUAGUUGCGAUGCUCUACAGACACUGACCACAGUCACUUGUUCUGACGCAUUCACAGAGUGCGGUCCUACGUAUUCUACACCCAUUAAACUGUCAAACCAUUGUCAAUUCUCACCUGUUACCACAAUCAGCUUUACUUCUUGGUACUUUGUUUUUCAUAACUCGUUUAUAAUGAGUUCCAAUGUCGCAGCAUGCAAGUUCUAAUUUUUCUUUUCAAAAGCUGUAAUGAUUUGGACUCAAACACAGUUUCAUGUUUUUCAACACCUACACAUACAUUAAUUCUACAUAAGAAGAAGCACUGUUUUAGUAAAUGAUUCAAUGCAUGAGACUUGACCCUUGACUUGGUUCACAUAUCACCUGUUUUCCUUUGCUAACAUUUCACGUAUUAAUCACAUACGGUCAUGGUUUCAGAAUGAUUCACAGCAUUGUGCAUUUGUCUUUAUUAGACCCUUAUAUAUGCUUUUGUUUCGCCCUAAUGUUCAUUAAAGCCCUUUUAUCCCAAACCUUUGUCUCCUGCAAAUACUUAAGAUCAGUUUAAUAAAUGCUGACGUUUUUUAUCUUACAUGUAAAAUAAUUUUCAUGUUAGAAACUAACCACAGUCGUGUCUUUGCACCAAGCAGUCUCAAGGUUAAUAUGAUAGUUUCACACCUAUAAAGCCACCAGUGAUCUCACUUCUUUGAUCAUGUGAGCCAUUUCAAGUCCAGGUACUGGUACUUAAAGAAGCUGUUUAUAACUGAUCACACCAGACCAAUGUGAGUCUAUAUGCAGACUUUUUUACAUGUAAUAAAUAAAACAAUUUAUAAAGAAAUUCAAAGGAAAACAUUGAUUUCCAGUUGAGGGAUGUGCACAGUCUAAACUUCAAAAUCCAUUGCUGUGUUCAUAGUAAUAGUAACUGUGCAUCAUUGUCAUAAUAACAUACCUAAUAUUCAUAUGAAAGGUGAUCAGUGUUAUGGCUUCUCGAUGGUGCGUUCUCUCUUUUUGGUCACAGUAACAAGUAGCAGGGUUCUGGAUUAGUCUGUAGCUCAUUUACAAAAGCUACAUAAGACCAAAAUAUCACUUUUAUCUUUGUUCACAUGCUGCUGUGACACUAAAUGACAUAACAUUCAUGUACAAGGACACAUGCAGAUAAAAUAAAUAGAAGAAACAAAUAACCGAUGGAAGAGUGAUGGAACAGUUCUGAAAGUUCCACAUAGAAAGUAUCGUUGCUUUGUACAUGUUUAUUCAAGCAUAACCUGCUCAGAAAGCAACAGCUGGACAAUAAAAACAAAGACACCGGCUCUUUGUUGCCUUCCUCAUCAUUUUAUCCUCAUUAUUUUAUCACAAUCUAUUCUAUAUCACAUAUUACAGACAACAUUAAAGUGUUAUUUUUCUUGGGGUGAUAGACCACGACCACUUCAGAGAAAUGACAGUGUGUCAAAACCGUCAAACCACAUUUUGUUCCCUUGUCCUUCUAAAACCCAGUGUGAUCUGUCUGUCAUGUCCUAAACGAUAGAUGCUUAUCGUCACGAAGGGAGCUGUCGAGGCAACGGGAAACCUGUUCAUUUGCAUCUAUCACCCAACUCCAAGCAUGUUGCUGUGGAGGAUUUGCAUCUGUGCCAGCCUCAUGGUGUCCUUGCCUCAAUUUACAUACCAGUCCUGUACCACAGGGACACCCAAGCAAUGCCUUGACGCAGAGUUUGUUCCAGGCACAAACUUGGCGGGAGAAGGCUUCGACAUCACCAAGAUGGAGCGAAAAGGGGCCUUUGUCAUCAACAUGAAUCUGUGGAAGCACAAGGACAAAACGUGCACCCUGUGCAGCAACCCCUACCUGGAGAACAGCAAGCAGAAGCUCCCCUUGUCCGUGGUGGACUGGAGGUCGCAGCAGUCCUGCAGCAUGUCCAUCACCAGUAGACUCCACCGCUCCAGCGAGUCCCUAGUCAGCUCCAGCACCUCCUCUGUAGAAAACAACUGGGAGGCCAAUCUGGAUCUCAAUGUGGGAAAUAAAGGGGGGUCUUUGAUGCUGGCCGGCACACAAUCCAAACUGGCUGAAUACUCCAUGGAAAAAACCAAGAAUGAUAAAUUCAGCUUCACGAGUCAAAGCGUGUUCUGUGAGUACUACAGCUACCGUGUGUCCGGCACUCCUAGAUUACACAAAGAGUUCGAAAAAGCAGUAAACCAGCUCCCUACAAUCUACAGCCCUGAAUCCAAGCAACAAUUUUACAAGCUGAUUGAUACCUUUGGCACCCAUUACAUCACUAAGGUGAAACUGGGAGGGAGCGUCCAGUCUGUGACCAGCAUCCGGCAGUGCCAGGCCAGCCUGCAGGGCCUCAGUAUGGAGGAGAUAGAGAUGUGCCUGCAGGCCGAGGCGUCUGUCAGCAUCAAAGUCGAGAUGAGAACUCAAACAAAACACUGCAAAAAGGACCUUGAGAAAACAGGAACAACAUCUUCCUUUUCCAGCCUCUUCAACGACAGGUUCACAGAGAUAAAGGGCGGCCACACCACGGAGCCAGAUCUGCUCUUCUCUGCUGACAAAGACCCGGCCGCCUACAAAGAGUGGCUGAACACGGUCCCACGGAACCCAGACAUAGUCUCCUACUCCCUGGACUCCCUUCACGAGCUGCUGCCCAAAAACAGCGCCGCUCGCAAGAACCUGCGCUCGGCCGUCAGCCACUAUAUCCUGGAGAAAGGCCUGUGGAAGAACUGCAGCAGUCGCUGUCAGGCCGGCAUCAAGAGCGACUCCAGAGACUCCUGCGUUUGCCAGUGUCACAACGAUCCGGCCGUCAACCAGGACUGCUGCCCGACCCGUAAAGGCAUGGCCCGGGUCAUCGUCACCGUGCAGCGGGCCGCUGGUCUGUGGGGGGACCACACCACUGCCACCGACGGCUACGUCAAAGUGUCCUUCAAUGGACUGACGUAUCGGACCUCUGUGGUUUACAACAACAAUGACCCACACUGGGCCUUUCCCAUUGACCUGGGCUCCCAGGACUUGUCCUCAGGUCACAAAGUGAGAUUUGAAGUGUGGGAUGAAGACAACAAGUGGGACGACGACCUGCUGGGGGAAUGUGAGCAAGACCUGACGGCUGGGGUCAAGGAAGAGCUCUGCAACCUCAACCACGGCCAGCUGUUCUAUAAAUGGAGCGCGACAUGCGCCCCGAGUCUGAGCGGACCCUCGUGCACCCACUACACACCUUCACCCAUGAGUCCCAGCCUGAGGAGCGCGUACGUGUCCCGUCACGCCCGACCCAUUCCAGCGGCCUCGCUCGCACAGAUGGGUGUGUUUGUGGACAAACGGCGUUUUCACGGAAACCUGAGUCUGAAGGCUGAGAGUCAAAAGCAUGACAUCAUGUAACAGCUACAUGACAUCAUAGCAACGCAUGACAACAAAGUGUUGUGGCACCUAUUUUAAAAAGCCUUUUUUUCACUUUCAGCAUGACAGCACAUAUAAAAUACUCUUUUAAAGUAUGCUUAUCAUUUCUAGCGAGGGGGGAAACUAAGAAGGAGAAUGACAUCAUCACAGAAUCCACUCAUCCAAUACACCAAGCGUUCUUUUCUACGUGUUUCAUGCAGUAAUUUUUUUGCUGCUUCGUGUUUCUCAUCUGUAAUGCUGCAGGUUUUCAGCGCUCAGCCUGAUGCUCAUUCGCUUCAUUUGUUCAGGCUCUUGCUCCAACGCUUUCUUGUUGAUUUACAUAACCUUAGAUUUGCCUUUGACAUUAAAUGCAUUAAAUGGCCUCUUUCAUGUUGAAA